GGGGUGCAAUAUAUAUUUUAACUUUUGUAACGAAUUCAUCAACGUGUAUUGCGUAACGAGUAAAAAGUUAAUGAAUAACGUGUGUCAAAUGUUACAGCGCAAUCAAAUCAAAUCGUGCCAGUGCCGCAUGCAUAGACUGCAUACGUAAGCUUUCAGGCAGAUCAGGACUUAACAGGGUUAGGAUCUGCACUUCAACGUUUUAAGUUCGCGUGAAGGAUGUUCUUUAUUUCGCUGCUCGUCUCUGCAACUUCCUUAUUGAUGCCAUCGUCCGCUUCCACGGCCGUUGCGUCAUCAGCUUCAUUGGCACCCGUGAUCUCUUUAACAACAACCGUAGCAGUUGCACCAUCCCCAUCUAGUUUUCUUAUGUUAACUUCGGUUAGAACAAAGGUCUCCUCCUCUGCCCCUGCCACGGUAUCACCAAGGGUGUCACCAAGUAAUACCCAGACAUCCUCCGUUUCGCCGAGUGCAUUUUCUGUGAGUUCCUCCACCACUGUUUCACCAGCUGGCAAGCCUGGAAACUCAACAAAUCUCAUUACUCCUACUUCCUCGUCACUUGUUAGAACACAGGUCUCCUCCUCUGCCCCUGCCACGGUAUCACCGAGGUUAUCACCAAGUAAUACCCAGACAUCCUCCGUUUCGCCGAGUGUAUUUCCUGUGAGUUCCUCCACCACUGUUUCACCAGCUGGCAAGCCUGGAAACUCAACAAAUCUCAUUACUCCUACUUCCUCGUCACUUGGUGGAAGUGCGUCGGCAUCACCUGGUGCUAAUCCGUGUGGAAAGAACAACGGAGGUUGUGCCCACCACUGUGUCAGAUAUGGAUCUGAAUACAAUUGUUCUUGUAGCGCUGGUUUUAAGCUGGAAAGCGAUCUUCACAACUGCACAGAUAUAGACGAGUGUAACAACACAUCUGGCGGCCAUAAAUGUGCGCAUAUUUGCGUCAACACCGAGGGGAGCUUUGCAUGUGCUUGCAGAACAAGAUACAAACUUGAAAAUGAUGGUCUGACAUGCAAAAAAGUUCCCAAGACUUCGCCGACCGAUAAAGCUACGUCAGACGACAUGGAAUGGGAUUGGGUGGUGUUAGGGAUUGUGAUAGGAGCGGUGGCAUUUGCGAUUCUCUGUCUGAUCUUGGGAAUAAUUUCCAAAAGAGUGAUGGGGAAGCGAAGGAAAGAAAACAUCAACUCUCAAGAGAUGACUGCUGUGAAAACCACAAGCUCAGUGGCGGCAACCAAUUCAGUGGCAAUCGAAUCAUAAAAGUGGAUUUGAAAGGAUUGUCCAAGAUGACUAAAAUCAUACAUCUUCUAACCUGUACUGUAAAAAUACAUAUCUGAUAGCCAAGUGAUAAGAGAAGGGAAGAAAAAUGUCACUGGGGUGUUUGUUUUCAUGUAGAAAUAAUUUUGAAAUAGAUGCAUAAAACUUCUGAGGUCAGGAAAGAAAAUUCGUAUUUUGAGCUCAAUGGUAAUGAAAGGGUUUAUAACAAAUAAGGAUCGUUACACAGUGUUAUGAUGAAACUAGAUACCACUUGGCUUAGGGAACAAGUGCUGUUUCAUGCAAAUCCCGUUUUCAAAGAUUUCCUGAAGCUGCACGGAUUUGUUUUCAUAGUCACUGAAGUUGUUUAGUCGCAAGCCUGAUCGAGCCCGUGUUGCUUAGCAACUUUAGUGACACCAUGCGUACCUGUUAUACUUGAGUGCUCGGUCUAUGCUUUCAGUGGACAAAACUCUUUGCGGAAUAUGGCGCUUGUUUCUUUCCUUUAAUGAACUAGCAGUCUGUCGAAACUGUAUUCCAAGAUUGGGUUGUGUUAUUUGUGCUAUUUUGUAUUUAAAUCGUAAAUUUCUGAAUGUCAUAUCAUUGAAGUGGCAUUGCUAUUUACAUGGAGUUGUACCUUUUCUUUUUGAUUCUGUACGUAAGCAGUUUGCUGUUAAGAGUGCACUUAAUUUUCAAUUUAAUUUCAGUCUAGCUACAAUCAGAGACAAAGCCUUUUACAGUGGAACCCCGCCUUACAGUCUCCUCGUUAAUACGGUCACCUCGUUAUUACGGCCACUUUUUUUUGUCUCGGCGAAACGCCAUACAUUUUCCUAUAAGAAGUCCCGUUAAUGCGGCCACCCUGUUAACGUGUCCACCCCGUUAAUGCGGCCCAAUUUUCGAGGUGGGCAGUUGGUGAUCGUAUUGACGGGGUUCCACUGUACUACAAAUUGGCAUUCUCCAUGAAAAUGUCAGGCUUUAAUUUUAGUUAGAAAAAAAACGCUAAAAAAAGUUGUCUUUAAAAAAAGUUUGCAAAAGUUAUUAGAAAGGGAUACAAAUUAUUUUGUAAGGAUAAAAUAGCAGGUGGGAUAGAAAAUGUAAUUUUUACAGUGCAAGAAUAGCUUUUCUGAAUAAUUGUAAUAAAAAACUUUAUCGUAAGACUUCA